CAAAUGCCUUAUCAAGGAAAGCAAUGCCUCACGUUAGGUCAUGUUGAAAAGAUGAUGAGAGAGUAUUCUCACUCAAGAAGAUUGCUAUUUCCUGAAGGGAUAAAACCCCACCAGGGAAAACCCCUGUGGUUGUCAUAGGUAGGGCUGGUCUCCUCAAGCUGAUAAGAGUUCCGUCCAGAGGAGGAAGGCAGAAUGCAAGCACUUCAUUCCUUGAAGCUUUCUGGGUAAUUGUGCAUCUUUCUUAUCUCAAAGACUCACACACUCUGAGCUAGACAGAGGUCCCAACCUUGAAGAACCUCUCCAGAAUCCAGGUUGCUGAAUCUUCCCUGCUGCCUAGAGAGACUCCAAACCACCUCUUGACAAUGGGCAACUGGGUGGUUAACCACUGGUUCUCAGUUUUGUUUCUGGCUACUUGGUUGGGGCUGAAUGUUUUCCUGUUUGUGCAUGCCUUCCUGUCAUUUGAGAAAGCCAAUAAGUACUACUAUACAAGAGAAAUCCUGGGGUCGGCGUUGGCCUGGGCCCGAGCCUCUGCUCGCUGCCUGAAUUUUAACAGCAUGCUGAUCCUGCUUCCUGUGUGUCGAAAUCUGCUGUCCUUCCUGAGGGGCACCUGCUCAUUUUGCAGGCGCACCCUGAGAAAGCAACUGGACCACAACCUCACCUUCCACAAGCUGGUAGCAUAUAUGAUCUGCCUACACACAGCUAUUCACAUCAUUGCACACCUGUUCAACUUUGAACACUACAGCAAGAGCCGACAGGCCACAGACGGAUCCCUUGCCUCUGUUCUCUCCACCCUACCUCAGCGAGAGAAAGGGGAAGAGUCUUGGCUAAAUCCUAUCUCAUCCCCAAACACGACAGUGGAGUAUGUGACAUUUACCAGCAUUGCUGGUCUCACUGGAGUGAUCAUCACAAUAGCUCUGGUUCUCAUGGUGACUUCAGCUAUGGAGUUUAUCCGGAGGAGUUAUUUUGAGGUCUUCUGGUACACGCACCACAUUUUCAUCAUCUACUUCAUUGGUUUAGGGAUUCAUGGCAUUGGUGGAAUUGUCCGGGGUCAAACAGAAGAGAGCCUGAAUGCGAGUCAUCCUCACAGGUGUGCAGAAUCUUUCAAGCGGUGGGAUGAUCAUGACUCUCACUGCAAGCACCCCCAAUUUGAAGGGCUCCCCGCUGAGUCUUGGAAGUGGAUCCUUGCACCGGGGGUUCUUUAUAUCUUUGAAAGGAUUCUCCGAUUUUACCGCUCUCAGCAGAAGGUUGUGAUUACUAAGGUUGUCAUGCACCCAUCCAAAGUUCUGGAAUUGCAGAUGAACAAGCGUGGCUUCAGCAUGGAAGUGGGGCAGUAUAUUUUUGUUAACUGUCCCUCGAUCUCUUACUUGGAGUGGCAUCCCUUUACUCUGACCUCUGCUCCAGAGGAAGACUUCUCCAUUCAUAUCAGAGCAGCGGGGGACUGGACAGAAAAUCUUAUCAGGGCUUUUGAGCAACAGCAGUCACCAAUUCCCAGGAUUGAGGUGGAUGGUCCCUUUGGCACUGUCAGUGAAGAUGUCUUCCAGUAUGAAGUGGCUGUGUUGGUCGGAGCAGGAAUUGGGGUCACCCCCUUUGCUUCCAUCUUAAAAUCCAUCUGGUACAAAUUUCGGCAGGCAGAUCACAACCUUAAAACACAAACGAUCUAUUUCUACUGGAUCUGCAGGGAGACAGGUGCCUUUGCCUGGUUCAAUGACCUGUUGGCUUCUCUGGAACGUGAGAUGGAGGAAUUAGGCAAAGUGGAUUUUCUCAACUACCGUCUCUUUCUCACUGGAUGGGAUAGCAACAUUGCGGGUCAUGCCGCAUUAAACUUUGACCAGGCCACUGACAUCCUGACAGGUCUGAAACAGAAAACCUCCUUUGGGAGACCCAUGUGGGACAAUGAGUUUUCGACAAUAGCUAAUGCCCACCCCAGGUCUGUGGUGGGAGUCUUCCUGUGUGGUCCUCAGGCUCUCACAAAGAGCCUGAGCAAACGCUGUCACCAAUACUCCAGUCUGGAUCCCAGGAAGGUUCAAUUCUACUUCAACAAAGAAAACUUCUGAAUUACAGGAAUGAGGAUGCUAAUCUGCAUUUAGUCUCUCCUCUGCAUCUCUGACAACUUACUUGGUCUGAUCAGGUUUGGGCAGCCGUUUAAGGACAGUAACAUGCCUCUCGGGCUCUGACUCCCUGGCAUAUCUUUUUUGAUUGGAUUCCACUCGGAUGUCACUGAUCUUCAUGAGGCCACGAUAACUGCAAAGGCCAUGGGUCCUUUCUUGGGAAAAGAACCGUAAGUCCUUCUGGAAUGCCAUGACUGCAACAAGGCCUGAGAGCAGAGGUGGUUGACAGCUACACAACUUUACCCCAGGUGAUAUUAUUGAUUCCAAGUGUUUCUUGGAAUCUCCCAGCCUUUGGCCUUAUUUUCCCCUCCCUCUCACCUUCAAAGAAGAUUUGUAAAUAGGGCGAUUUUUUUUAAAUAAAAAAUUUAUUGAAGAAUUAAUAACAAAACAUAAUAAUAAGCAUAAAUAAUAUAACAAUGAACGUAAAAUCACCAAGAACCCCAUCCCUAUAUAACACUAUGUACAUUCUUACUGUUAUUUUAAACAUGGUCUCAUCCAGUGUGAAUAGCAAUUUUUGCUUUACUUAUUUUUGCUUGUCAAGAAAUGAAGGAUUUUCCUCUUUGCUUAA